CUCGUGUCACCCGGGGGUCCGUCAGCUGUGAUCGAUCCAUCAUUCCAGCGUGUUGGUCAUUUAACAGUUAACAUUGGCAGUGUGAAUAAAACAAAAUUCGCGCUUUCGGAUACGCUUUAUCCGCUUGAUGGUUUGGUGGAAAUGAAAGUUCGUUGCUACGCUGAAAACUGUGGCACAGUUGGCUACAGAGGAUUUCUAAGCCUAUAUCAGCCUGUUGAAAAAAUUGCUUCAUGGACACGCUUCUGGUGUGUGCUUUGGGAUGGACAGCUACGAUUCUGGCGUUAUCCAGAAGAUGAAAGCACAAAGCUUUAA